UCGAUCCCUGAAAAUAAUUACAGAACAAUGAAGCAGAGCUUCAUAAAAGGAAAUCCAUACCAUUUAAAGGACGGUCUUGAUUCAUUUUUCUAUACGUUCACGAAAGAUGGCAAGCUCAAAGACUCAUAUUUGACCAUAUCGAACCUUCGAACAAAGCGAGCCAAGGAUUUCAGAAAGGGAAAUCUUGUUUGGGACAAGGUUGGCGAAUUUACGAACAACGAGCUGCGGAUGGACGAUAUCGAGUGGCCUGGUGGAAAGGCAAAUCCACCGCAAGGAACCGCGGAUAGUUUCCACGUUCGAGUGGUCACCCUGCAUGAACCACCGUUCAUUAUCGUUUCCGAUUUGGAUCCGGAAAGUGGUUCAUGCCCCGGGAAUCAAGGCGCUAUUUGCGAUUGGGGUGUUGAGGAGUUCACAGACGAUGGAGUCUUGAGGAAUAGGACGCUAAAUAAGUGCUGCUCGGGUUAUUGCGUCGAUCUGCUCGAGAAAUUAGCUAAAGACGUCGGUUUCACAUAUACGCUCUAUAAAGUUCGUGACGAAAAAUGGGGCAUCAAAUCGGAGAAUGGUUGGAACGGCUUGAUCCAGGAUCUGAUAGCGCAAAAAGCGGAUAUGUGUGUCACGUCGUUGAAGUUGAACUCCGAGCGGGCUCGGGAUAUUGACUUCUCGAUUCCGUUUCUCGAAACUGGAAUUUCGAUUAUCGUGAAGAUCCGAAGUGGUGUCCUCUCACCUACUGCUUUCCUAGAACCUUUUGAAUAUUCAACGUGGGUAAUCAUACUACUGGUUUCAAUUCAAGGUGCAGCCUUGUCAAUAUUCAUUUUCGAAUGGGUCAGUCCAUACAGUUUCAACAUGCGAAAAUAUCCACCACCCGGACAUAAAUUCUCGUUAUUCAGGUCAUACUGGCUUGUUUGGGCUACUCUAUUUAGUGCAAGUGUCACAACAGAUAUCCCUCGUUCGACAGUAAGUCGUUUCAUGGCACUUGUUUGGGCUGCAUUCGGCCUGACAUUCUUGGCUGUAUAUACUGCAAACCUAGCCGCAUUCAUGAUCACAAGAGUACAAUAUUACAAUCUGGAAGGAGUGCAUGAUCCAAUGUUGAUCUAUCCCGAUGAACAGCAAUCACCGUUUCGUUACGGUACCGUAGAAGGCGGUAAUACGCAUGAGACAAUGAAACGCAAUUGGCAUCGAAUGAAUAAAUACGUAACAACGCAUAACUAUUUCCGAAUGAAUAUAUCUUCUGGAAUCGAUGCCGUUCGGAAGGGAGAACUUGAUGCGUUCGUUUACGAUGCAGUCGUCCUCGACUAUCAAGCUGGCAAAGACGCGAACUGUGAGUUGAUCACCGUUGGAAAAUGGUCAAGCAUGACUGGAUACGGUGAUCUGGAACGUCUGCAGAAUUUCUGGUUGACUGGCGCUUGUGGCCGUGACCCACAUGCACAAACGCACAGCGCUCCACUUGGAGUCGAAAACUUCAUGAGCGCCUUCUUUCUGCUUAUUGGUGGCACUAUUAUCGGAAUCCUCGUACUUGGUUGUGAGUACAUUUACUGUCACCAAUUCAGGAAACUUUUGCAAAGAAUCGAUAAAAAUGGAUGGUGCGGCAUCGUCAGUAUGGCAUUGGGUAAGUCGUUGACAUUCACAGACGCAGUGGAUCGUGUCAACGAAUGGCGACGCCGUGAGCAAUCAUUAGGUCCAAGUAACAGUCCAGUUAGCUUCAAACUCCGUCGAACGUCAAGGUCUGAGAUUGACAGCGUGAGAAACAGGUCAAACGAACUCAUGAAUUUUUGCAUAUGA